AUGGUAGCGGAUCCGAGGCAGUUGGAGAAUAGGUCACUGGAGGAUGACAUGCGAGCACUACUAGGCUUAGAUCGUGACGAUUUGGACCACGGGGCGCAGGUUGGAGAGGUCUCUAGAGAGUCUAAGUGGUACAGAGGGUUUGGUUUUUUGGGUGUGGCAGCUUUGACUCAUUUGCAGGAGUUUGGUCCGCCAGCUAGAGAGACUCAGUGUUACCUUCUUUUGCUGCUUGGGUCCACACUGUUCGUAGAUAAGAACAUCUUGGUAUUGCCUCCCAGGCGGAGGCUAAGGGAGUGGCGUGUUGUCUGA